AUGCUGUCGCAGUCUACCCUCAGCCGAAAUGCGCCGCGUGCGCUCUCCGUUGGCCGUCGGGCCAUGGCCUCUGCCGCCAACCCGGCCUUCCAAUACGACGUCUCCGAUGCUGCCGGUGUGAAGGUUGCCACCCGUGACGUCGCUGGUCCUACUGGCACCUUGGCCCUCGUGGCAAAGGCCGGCUCCCGCUACCAGCCCUUCCCCGGCUUCUCCGAUGCCCUCGAGAAAUUCGCCUUCAAGUCUACACUCAAGCGGUCGGCGCUUCGGAUCACUCGGGAGGUCGAACUGCUGGGCGGUGAGAUCUCGUCGACACAUUCGCGCGAAAACCUCGUCCUCCGGGCCAAGUUCCUCUCGAACGAUCUUCCAUACUUCACAGAGCUGUUGGCCGAGGUUGCCAGCCAGACCAAGUACCCAGACCACGAAUUGAACGAGGUUGUUAGUAAGCUCCUCAAAUUCCAGCAGCAGGCUGUUUACUCCAACCCGGAGAAUGUGGCUGUCGACGCCGCUCACGGCAUUGCCUUCCACCGUGGCCUGGGCUCGCCCAUCACCCCGUCCGAGACCUCGCCCUAUGAGAAGUACGUGUCGGCCGAUGCCCUGGCUGAGUUUGCCCAGGAUGCCUACGCCAAGUCCAACGUCUCCCUGGUCGCUAGCGGCCCCAACUCCGCCGACCUGUCCAAGUGGGUGGGUCAGUUCUUCAAGGACCUCCCUACUGGCAGCUCCUCCAGUCAGUACAAGCUCCAGCCCACUCAGGCCACCAAGUACUUCGGUGGUGAGCAGCGCAUUCCGUCCAAAGGCGGAAACGCUGUUGUGAUUGCCUUCCCCGGUUCCAGCGCUUUCGGCACCGCGGGCUACAAGGCUGAGGCAUCCGUCCUGGCUGCUCUGCUGGGUGGUGAGUCCACCAUCAAGUGGACCCCGGGCUUCUCGCUCCUGUCGCAGGCCACCCAGGGCUUCUCGCAGCUCCGCGUCAACACCCAAAACCUCGCCUACUCGGAUGCCGGUCUCUUCACCGUUACCCUCUCGGGCCAAGCCGACCAGAUCGGUGCCGCCAGCAAGAACGUCGUCGACGCCCUCAAGAAGGCCGCCGCCGGUGAGGUCGCCAGCGAGGAGAUCAAGAAGGCCACUGCUUUGGCCAAGUUCCGCGCCCUGGAGUCUGUUCAGACCCUGGAGACCGGUCUCGAGGCCACCGGUUCCGGCCUGGUCCACGGCAACAAGCCCUACCAGAUUGGCGAGAUUGCCCAGGCUCUUGAGAAUGUUUCUGAGGAGCAAGUUAAGGCGGCUGCCAACUCUUUCCUCUCUGGCAAGGCCACUCUUGUCAGCGUCGGUGAUGUCUUCCAGCUCCCCUACGCGGAGGACCUGGGUCUGACCGUUUAA